CCCCUCCCCACCCCACCCCCUUGCUGUCAUCGUCACAUAUUCGUACAACUAUUCCAGCCUCUAAUAAUCAUUCGCUUCAUCUUCAUAAAUAUAUAUUCUUAAGAUAAUCUAUACCCUUGUAGAGAGACGAAAAAGUCUCGUAGUUGCGAAUCUCUAAUGAAAAUCAGUAAUUUAAGUACCGAAUAGUUUUCUUGUAACUGAUCAACAACGCAUGUUCAACGGGUGUCACGAGGCUUAGACUCGCGGCAACAACAUCCCAGCCCAGUCGUCGCCACAAAAAUAAAAAAAAAACCGAGAGCGUAAGCAAAAGGAGCAGCGGAAGGUGCCGGCAGCAGAGUGUGAUGAUAAAAUACGCACAAAGAAGGAAGCACAAAAGAAGAGCGUAGGGAGAUAAAAAAAGAAAAAACGUAGGGCUUUUGAGUCAGAGAGAUAGAAAGGAGAGAAAGAAACACAUAAAUGAGGCGGCGACGGCAGUGGCAUUAUUUUUCGUGUCAUCGAGAGCAACGAGAAAAACAAGGGGUGGCGGCAGCGUCGGUGGCGCCUAGUUCGGGUUUUACUACAAGGGGAGAAAAGAAAGAUAAAAAGAAAGAAAAAUUGCGGUAAUCGCUCUCGGGAAAAACUAUUACGAGCAGAUUUUUAUUGCACUUUUGUCGGCCAUUUUGUUGCUUUGUUCUGGUAACGCCCGAUCGACUGUUAAGAUAUUUCAGUCGGAGGAAUUGUUUCGUUGAACGAGAAGUGAGCGAGAUUCAGAAAGGAAACGCGACAAUUUUUAGCUUAGCAACGUCUAAUCGUUGAAGCGAUUCUUCACCCGAAACCGUCAACGCCGGGGAACGAUCUUUUCGCGUUCGCGCAACAGACUUUUACCUCGAUCUCGCUUUUUCAUUGGUGCUUCGAAGAAACAAUAUAUAACGAUUCUUAUAGAAUAAUAAAAUGGGCUGCAACACCAGCAAAGAAAGCGUCCAACCCGCUGCCGAGGAUAACAAGGACGACGUUAAAAAUACCGAAGCAGCCGAGAGAACGGUCAGCGGCGAGUCGACGGCUGAAGCGGGAUCCCCGGCCGAAGGAAGCCCUCGUUCUCCUCACUCGACCGCUCCCCUCGACGGAUCUCACACCACGGAGGACAAGUCCAACGAGGAAGAAGCUGCUGCUGCUGCUGCUGCCACCAGAAUACAGGCCGUCUUCAGGGGACACCACGCGAGAAAAAAUAUGAAAGCCUCCGAGACCGAAAGCGCGACGCAGAGGAAGCAACCCGUUCAAGCUGAAGAGGAACCGAGCCAGGAACAACUGCGGGAAGAGUUUCGAGCGGACGACAAGGAGCUCUGUAACGCCGCGACGAAGAUACAGGCGUCGUUCCGGGGCCACAUGUCGAGAAAGGAGCAGGCGGUUGGUUCGGUGAUAAAAGGGAUCGGCGAAAUGGCAGAGGACGCUGCUGCCAAAAUCGAGGAAAAGAUGGACGAUGCGCUGAACGAGCUGGACGGGAUCGACCUGACGGAUCCGGAUCUGCACAAGGCAGCGACCAAGAUCCAAGCCAGUUUCCGGGGUCACAAGGUGCGCCAGGAGGUCACGGAGGAAAAGAAGUAAAAGCGUAUUCCCCUCCCUCGAGCCCCCGCCCCCCCGCACGUUUGUCCUCUCGGACAAGGAAGAACGCCGCCGCAGUCUCGAGCACGUCCACCUUCGCUGCUGACAGCAGCAGCAGCAGCACCGGUAACAUCGACAACAACAAAACUGAUAUUACGAAGAAACGAUGAAGGAAAGGAAGGAUUGUCGAGAGGUUGAGCGAGGCUGGUUGCUUGACGAGCGGGUUGAAUGCGACGAGUCGUAAAACGAAACGACACCGACGACGACGACGACGACGACGACGACUAAGACCACUUGUAGGUGGAGAACAACGGCGCGAAAAUUUCACAAAGAAACGCGGCGUUCCUCCUCGUAGCGCGAGCCCACGCUCCCGGCCCUCGGUCCGUUCCACCGGCUCGCCACCCCGAGCGUAUCCUCGAUUACAGAAGAAAAACGCGACCCGGUUUCACCGAAACUUCAAAACUACUCAAUUAUCUUGCGAUCUAUCCCGUGGGUGGGCUAAUCGGACUGGACGAUGCGCGCUCCGCGCCCCUCCAUCCUGCACGCACGACACUCACACACAACUAUCAAUAAUACCUCACGCAAUGUACUACCAGUACCGAAGCAGGAAGCAACAAUCGGAAACUGUAAGUUUCUUUUCGCCGACCUCUAUUCGCACCGGAGACCAUCGCCUUGCUGUUCUCUUAGCCUCUUUCAUGCCCCUGCCCCCCGCUCGUAUAAUGAAAAAAAUUCGAUUCGACGUUCGCUUUCAAAAUUGCCGUCCCUCCAGCGCGAAUCGAUGAUAAACUACUACCGCAAACUCCUCAUCUCGUUCGAACGAAUCGCCGAGAUUCAACGUUCCGCAAAUAACUGAGAGACGAACGGAAAACGCCCCGCGGAUCGCUAAGGAACCAUCUCGCCCCUCCCCUUAUUCUCCCUUUUCGCGAUCAUCAAUUGGCUAUAAAUGCGGUGUGUUGUUUAAUAGAAUUCGCGGCACUAUGCGUUCUAGUCAAUACGAAUAUAACGCUACACAGUAGAUAUUGUUUUUACGAGCUUCUAUCGAUCGACCCUUCGAAGCAGCACGGUGUAUGUCAUCUCUACUGCCUCAAUAAAAUAACCGUAUCUCUUGGA